AUGUCGGGACUUGUUUCUGACGAGGUCGCGGAGGACUACAAAAGCUCCCUCGAGGACCUCACAGGAAACGACCGGUUCCAGAUCAGCAAUUUGACCGUCAUCGCCAAAGAGAAUACCGAACAUGCCAUGGCCAUUUCCCGAGUCUUGGAGAAUCACAUUCGAUCAACUCCUCCUCCGCAGAAGCUACCUGCUUUGUAUGUAGUUGACUCUAUCGUCAAGAAUGUCGGUACCCCGUACACCUUGUUCCUGGGACGGAACUUGUAUCAGACCUUCAUGAAUGCGUACACGUUGGUCGAUGCGCAGACUCGACGCAAGCUGGAUGAGAUGCUGAAGACGUGGAAGGAGCCUGUUCCGGGUUCCCUCGACACUCGUCCCGUGUUUCCCCCCGAGAUCACUCGCAGCAUCGAGAGUGCACUCAUCAAGGCCCGGACGGCCGCAUUGCAGCAGGAGCAGGCCCGCAACAAUAUGCUGAAUCGUGGCAGAGGAGGUACGCCGGCAGCCAUGGCUCGUCCGGGGACAACCCACCCUCAUCACCACGGCGGGAAUGGUCAGGGUAAUCGCACGAUGACACCACCCUCGGGUCAUCGACCGGGCAAUGACUUGGAUGCCCUCAACCGAGAUCUAGAGGCCUGUAUUCUGGCCGCUCGGAACGACUUUGCCAGUGCUCCCUUUGACCCUACCACCCAGCAGCGUCUAAAAGCGUUGCUUGACUUACAGACCAUCAUGCGCAAUCAACAGCUCACUCCAGACCAGCUCCGGCUUGUUCAAGACCAAAUCUCCGCCUUUCGCCCGCAGUCCUCCUCCACUUCAUAUGCAGCCCCCCACGCUCCAUCAGCGCCCUCUCACAACUCAUCCGCUGCGAUCUCGACUCCAUUGGCAGCGGCACCCGUCGCCCCUGUGGCGGCGACUCCCACUCCUCCUCAGCAGCCCGUCUCACAGUCUCUUCAAAAUCUGUUGAACUCGCGCACCCUGGCCGAACUCAUCAAAAAUACCGCAAUCCGCCAACAGCCCACUCCUCCACCUGCUAUGCCACAGAUGCCUCAGUUGCCCCAGGUGCCCCCUCCAAUGCCAUCUACCGGCAGUAGUACGCCUCUGCCUGAUAAUCCCCUCAUUGCGGCGCUUCGAUCUCGAGGCAUCCUCCCUCCCGCCUCGGCGCCCCCGACGAUGGGCCAGCCACCUGCUGGAAAGGGCGAGGCUUUGCCUUUCCUCAUUCCGGGUGGGAUGCGAUCAACUCCCUCGGCUCCCACACCCAUCUCGAUGGCUGCCUCCUCGGUGGUCCCUAUGACGACCGCGUCCAUGAAAAUUCCUCGUGUUGCUCUCGUGGUGUCUCUUUACGAGGCUAAAUCGAAUCGCUGUGGUACCUGUGGACGCCGUUUCCCGGCCAACCAGGAAGGCAAAGAAAAGAAAGCUCGUCACCUGGACUGGCAUUUUAAGACGAAUCAGCGCAUGUCGGAGGCUGCGAAACGCGCUCAGACUCGCAGCUGGUACGUUGAUGAACGGGAUUGGAUCAAGUCUCGUGAAGUGGACGACGAUCAACCCGUCGGCGAGGGUGAAACCCACCCCGACGGUGAGACGGGAGCGACCGGUGCCAACUCGAAACCAGGACCCCCCAAGGCCUGGAUUCGGGCGCCCAACGACGCCACUCGUCGAAACACCCCGUGUCCCAUCUGCCAGGAGAAGUUUGAAUCGACCUGGUCCGAGGACGUCCAGGACUGGAUCUGGCAAGAUGCCAUCCAAGUGGGCACUCGGGUGUACCACGCGAGUUGUUACGCCGAGGUCACCAAGGGGGGUCCCGUCCCGCGAAGCUCCACGCCGCAGGCCCAAGUUCAGGCGCGGACGGGGACUCCCGACUCGGUGCUGGGCAAGCGCAAGGCCGAGGCGACCGAUUCGCCUGGUAAGACUCGCAUCAAGACCGAGGGGUGA